AUGGAAAAGCACUGCCUGCUGUUUCUGCUGAGCCUCGCCCUGUUGCUGGGCUUCCUACAAGCACUGUCAUGCUUCCAGUGUGAGCUCCUGAACUCGGAGGGCAUUUGCGAGAAAGGAGGAAGCACCUGCGAGACUGAAAGUGACCAGCAGUGUGCUCUGGUGGAGGUCUCUACAGGUCGGGAUAUGCUGUUUGGACAGCAGGAUUGUUCUUCCAGGUGUUUAAAUAAUACUUUCAUCCAUUAUAACAUUAAACUGGAUUUUUUAUGUUGCCAUGACAAAAAUCUGUGUAAUACGAUUUAG